GUGCUUGACGUUAUGCCUGAGCCGGCAAAAUCUGUCCCCGCGCCCAAAAAGGGCUCCAAGAAAGCCGUGACCAAAGCCCAGAAAAAGGACGGCAAGAAGGGCAAGCGCAGCCGCAAGGAGAGCUAUUCCAUCUACGUGUACAAAGUGUUGAAGCAGGUGCACCCGGACACCGGCAUCUCGUCCAAGGCCAUGGGCAUCAUGAACUCAUUUGUCAACGACAUCUUCGAGCGCAUCGCGGGCGAAGCGUCGCGCUUGGCCCAUUACAACAAGCGCUCGACCAUCACGUCCCGGGAGACCCAAACGGCCGUGCGCCUGCUGCUGCCCGGCGAGCUAGCCAAGCACGCCGUGUCCGAGGGCAGCAAGGCGGUCACCAAGUACACCAGCUCCAAGUGAGUCCCUGUGGGGACUCGGCGCUCGCACGAGUUGCCCAGCCACUUGACGUUCUAAAGGUUCUUUUCAGAGCCACCCACCUCAGUGGAAGAAACUCACCUUUUUAGUUUACUUUUGUUGUCUGUUAUGGUACUUUUCUGUACCGCCAGUUUUUUUUCUAGUAAGAACUGGCCUUUCUCUUAGGAUGAAGAGGAAGUACUCCAGAAAAGACCAAGUUUUGUGGAUCAGUCCAGAACUAGCUAGAAUAACUGUUCACUCAUGCAAGUAACUUACCUUUUCCAGUAAAACCGUGAGAGAUGGGUGGUCAGUGUAAAUCUACUCAGGAGGAUGGGGAGGGAGGGUGGAAAGUUAAGCAUUAGUUACUUUAUAGCAGAUAGAGUGGGUCAACUCAAGUCCAUUUUUCUUGAGCUCAAAACCAAAUUAAUAUUUUGAUACCAUGCCCAGCAUGAAUAGAAAACAUAGUGCACCUGGUUAUCUUGAUUCCAUUUGUCCACUGAAAAAUCCACAACCUGAGUUAAGAAUUGUGUUUUAUUCAAUAAUUUGUUGUGGACCUAAGCCAAGCAGAUGGACUUCCCUUGUGGCUUAGAUGGUAAAGAAUCCGCCUGCAGUGCAG